AUGACAGAGGGGGAAGCUGGACCCGGACUGACCUCAGACAUAUACCGCAGGUCCAUUUAUGAUUCGGAUCCGGAAGAAACAUUUUAUGUUUUACACAAGUCCAGUCGAGCAGGGAAUGCGACGGUCAAUCGGCUGAUCAAGACGGUAGAUUUCGGGAAGUCAUGGAUUCCCGUCAUUGACAAUGUGGUUCGAGUCUGGGCUCCACGUGGAAUUCAGUCCAAGCCAAUGGGCGGUCCGGGUUUAAGUCAGGGAGCUGAAUUGCCAGCUGCAACCGAUGUAGAACAGACCAAACGCGGUCGCUUUCUAUAUGUGGCGCAUAACACGAAUGCGGAUAAUCAAACAAUGCAUCUCAGCAUCUCCACAGAUGGAGGCAAAACAUUUAAACCGGUUUACUUGCCCACAAUUAUACCCGAGCGAUUCUAUUCGGUUCUCGAGGUGGAAGACGAUUUGGCAUUCGUCCAUGUGGAUGCACCGAAUGAUACCGGUUACGGAACCUUGUUUACUUCCGACGCUACGGGUAGGGUGUUUACCGAAUCCCUCCGUCAGCAUCUUUAUCCGAAUCACGCCCCAGUGACCGAUUUCUAUCGUGUCGCUUCUAUGCGUGGUACGUAUUUGGCUACCCGACUAAAUCCCGAUCGUACGUUGCACACGGUCAUCAGUCACGAUCGUGGCGCUAGCUGGCGAGCCCUGGGGGCCCCAAUGAAUACACCCGGUGCAUGCAAACCGACAGUAUCGAGUCGUGAAGGUCAAGUCAGUUCAACACCAGCCAGCUGGACCACAUUUUCACGCCAAGUACCCAGUACAAAUCAGACGGGUGAAUACAGUGGUGAUAACGGUACUGCCGGCCAGCAUAGUAUUCAGUCCAUAUCGAACGAGACAUGGGAAAGUGAACACGGGACCAAUGACACCUUAUCAGUGGACCCGUCCGCUAUCAAGGUUUGCGGUCUACAAGUGAGCAAUCAGUUUAGCAUACGCAACCGGGUCAUCGCCUCCCCACCACUAUCGAUUUCGGCCGCUCCCGGGCUGAUCCUGGUACACGGACAUGUGGCCACACAUUUGAAGAACACACCAGCUGAUGUAUUUGUCAGUUCCGAUGGCGGUUAUACCUGGCUUAAAUCUGCCUACUUUUCUACUUGUUGA